GUCCUUCCAGUGAGCACUCAGGGCUGAUUUCCUUCAGAAUGGAUAGGUUUGAUCUUCGUCACGGGGAUUCGAACCGCCGACCUUUUGAUCGGCAAGCCCAAGGCUCAGUGGUUUAGACCAGUGCUCCCCAACCUUUUUAUCGCUGCAAACCAGUCAACGUUUGAUAAUUUUACCGUGGCCUGCUGAGGGGGGGGGACAUUGAUUGUUUAUAUUUUAUUUAGAUUGUUUUGAUUUAAUAAUUUUAAUUUAAUUGUAUUUAAAUGUUCCUUGGGCGGCCCGGUACCAAUUGAUCCACGGACCGGUACCGGUCCGUGGCCCGGGGGUUGAAGACCACUGGUUUAGACCACAGCGCCACCCGCGUCCCACCUUAGCCAACCUACUCGGAGUUAAAUACAAUCUAUGAAUCAUUUUCAAAUAGUUCUUUUUCAAAGAAUAACAUGCUGUAAAUUUCAAGUCGCUUUUCCAAACUUCCUCUCAGAGGUUAAGAUCUAUAUUGUGUCCUAUAUCUAUUGCCCCGUGCGUCACUGAAGCUUUAACUAGGUUGUCUUUUGUUUCCCAUUCUAAUAAUAUCUUUGUCAUUUAUACUCUUAUUUCAGUUCCCCCCCCCCCAAAAAACCCAAUCCAUUCAUAAUAAGGGGAAAGGUUAUUCAGUCAGUCUUUAAAGUUGAUUGAUGUACAGUAGUGAGGAUUUCUACACUUCAUUUCAAUCUCAUUUAUGAGAGUGAGAAUCAAAGCUGGAGGAGGCAUUGCGUUUCCUAACACCGGUUGGGCUGUGUGUGUGUUUUCUUUCUCCCUUUGCUGAGGCACCAUGUUCAUUCAUGAGCAGCUGUGUUGCCAUAGGAUUGGUGGGUAGAAUUGCUGGGGGUUGAAGAACGGGAAAGUGUGGUGGAUUUUAAAGCUUCUGACUUGGGAGGAGCAGAAUUCGUGAGCUAAAUAUAGCCUCCUCUGAGUUGGAGGGUUAGAGAUGAAGUGAGAGACUAGCCCCGUGGUUUUUGAAGCUGGGUUUCACUGGCUUUCGAUCGCUGAGGCCUGCAUUUUUCCUUCUGUGGUUUAAAACUGGGGGCUGCAUUUAGAGUAUUGAUUGGAAAGAGCCAAGCACAAAACAGUGAGAUCUUGGGUGCAUUUGAACGUGCUGAUCAAUUCUACACCGUUUCCCCCUCCUCCCCUUACAACAUGGGAGCAGCAAACCAAAAUCCUUGGCCUCACAUUGGGUCCAAACCGUGAGUUGCGGUUUCUUUUACAAACCACCAUUGAUAAGCCAUGACUUUUUCAUCCUGGUUUGGAGCAAAGCAAAUCAGAUUUGACAUCGUGCUGGGGUUUGUUGCUCUGACUCGCUAGCAGCGAGGAGCAGAACAGAAGCAAUCUGCAUGUUCCCAGUAAUUCAUUAACCAUAGCUUUCAUAACCCACAAAUGUAGCCGGUAGGGAUAACAGCAGGCAUUCUCUUCAGGGUUGACUAUAUUUCCCUAUCAGAAGUGAUUGAUUGAUUGAUCUCGUCACAGCCAGUGCAGGGACAGAAUGGAAUUGCGCAACACCCUCACCCCAGUUGAGUCCAAUUGCUCAUGCCUUGCCUCCUUCCAGUGACUCAUGCAGAGAAGCAACGGACAGCCUCCUGCUCACGGCUGGCAGUUCUGCAGCCCUUCUGCAUUGAGAGCAGUUGUCGAAUCCAGUUGAUGUAAAGGUGGGGCAGAAUUUUCCACUCUGAAUGGAAGGAGGUAGGUCCCCAUAAGUGACUGAUCUAUGAAAUGGCAGAGAAUGGAACAGAGCUGAGGCGCAUGGCGAUGGGCAAAGAGCAGCACAAUGGAAACUUCACAGAGCCUUCUCCGUCAAGCGAACAGAAGAAGAGAGAACGAGAAGAGCGCCUGGAUAUCGUCCUCUGGAAGAAGCCACUCAUUACCUUGCAGUAUUUUUUCCUGGAAACAUUAUUAAACUUGAAAGAAUUGACCAUAAAAUUGUGGCAUCGCCGAAGGAUCGUAGUGUCUCUCUUACUGCUGCUGUCACUGCUUACAACUGUGUAUUAUAUCGAAGGCGCACAUCAACAGUAUGUGCAUUAUUUGGAGAAGAAGCUCUUAUGGUGUGCCUACUGGGUAGGCUUAGGCAUUCUGUCCUCAGUGGGACUUGGAACGGGUCUUCACACCUUUCUGCUCUACUUGGGUCCACACAUAGCAUCGGUGACGCUUGCUGCUUACGAAUGUAACUCCGUCAAUUUCCCUGAACCGCCCUAUCCCGACCAAAUUACCUGCCCUGAUGUAGAAGGGGUUGAAGGAUCAAUUACUUUAUGGACCAUCAUCUCGAAAGUCAGGCUGGAGGCCUGCAUGUGGGGUGCCGGCACAGCCAUUGGGGAGCUGCCUCCAUACUUCAUGGCCAGAGCGGCCCGACUCUCUGGAGAGGAGCCUGACGAUGAGGAGUAUCAGGAAUUUGAGGAGAUGCUGGAACAUGCUCAGACCGCACAGGACUUUCCCUCCCGUGCUAAGCUGACAGUCCAGAAGCUUGUGCAGAAAGUUGGUUUUUUUGGAAUCCUGGCCUGUGCUUCAAUUCCAAACCCCCUUUUCGACCUGGCCGGGAUAACAUGUGGACAUUUCCUCGUUCCCUUUUGGACCUUCUUUGGCGCCACCCUGAUUGGAAAAGCAAUAAUCAAGAUGCACAUUCAGAAACUUUUUGUCAUUAUCACAUUCAGCAAACAUAUAGUGGAACAGAUGGUGGCCUUAAUUGGCGCCGUCCCCAGCGUAGGCCCAUCUCUCCAAAAGCCCUUUCAGCAAUAUUUGGAAACUCAGCGGCUGAAGCUUCACCACAAAGCGGAUGGGGGACCCCAGAGUGAAAACUGGCUGUCGUGGAUGUUUGAAAAGUUGGUUAUCGUCAUGGUGUGCUAUUUCAUCCUGUCCAUUAUAAACUCCAUGGCUCAGAGCUAUGCUAAGCGUCUCCAGCAGAUGUCCUCUGAGGAGAAAACCAAAUGAGCUUCGGGGAAGGGGGAGACGGACCCCAAAUUUAAUUGGGACGACCAGCCUCAUAUUAAAAAACGAAAAACAAGAUCGGCAUUAUUUGAAAUUGGAGGGUGGGUGAGAGGGUUGUGGGGUGUUUUUUAUUAUUUUUCAAAGUAACUCUGCCGAUUAGUAAACAUUUCUCAUUGAUUGCCAUUUGUAAAGGUAAUGUACAUGCUUCUGUUUAUUUCAUCCAAUAUUAGGGGAGAACAUUGCCUCCUAUUUUAAAUUUAUAUUUCCAGUGGAUUAUAUCCAACGUUCAUCCUCAGAGUAGACCCACUGGGUGGUAUUCCAUGCUAGUCCUACUCGGACUCAGUGAAACUAAUGACCAGGACUUUGGACUUGGUUGAAUACAGCCCAUUAACUUCAAUGGACCUAACUCGUAAAACUUACUUGAAUACAGCCCAAUAUCACAGAUUAUUCUUUUUUUAACAGGCAACACAACUCCGGACUUUUAAUUUAUAGACCCAGCUUGCCACUAAGUUUUUUCUUAAAAAAAUAAUAAUUAAAAAGUCCAAAGUUGGUUGCUCCAUCUUCUCCCCUGAGAUGGUCACAUGUCCAUCCCAGUCUUAACAUUGAAGAAAUAGUCUUAGAUUGGCUAGCAGACUUGCAUGACCCUCGUGCUAACAUUUUGGUUCUUCAAAGCUUCUCCAUUACAUGUUGGGUGGGAUGGCCGGAAUCUCAGAUUUUUUUAAACUUCAUAAUGGUUCUGAGCAGAGACACUGGUGCCAUCUGCUGCUGGAGUUCUCUUUUCUUUUUUCCAUUAAAAAGAAAAAAAAUCUGUAUAUUUAGAAUGACGUUAAGAUGAUAACAGAAGAAAUAUAUAUAAAAUCACCUUGGAUCAUUCCAGACCUCCUUGUCUUGGUCUUUAAAGCUCUUCCUCCUCCUCUUCCUCUUCUUCACCCUUUUGUAUUCCUGUUUUUGCCUUCGUUUUAUUUUGCAGUUUUAUCUCCCUCCGGUGUGUGUCUGAUCCUCCGGAGCUCUUUGUUCUUUUAUUUCUCCCCUCCCGCAAGAACUACUCACUCAAGGAAAUAGAAAAGUGUUGGGACCUUGACACGGUUUGGUUAAUUUUAUUUAUUUAACUGACAAGUAGCCCGUUGUUUUGGGUUUGUUUGUCUUUCUUUAUUUUAAAACGGUUAACUUGCGAUGUUUUGCAUAGCAUCGUUAGGAAAUGCACAGGAAGGUGUCUUGCAAAGUGCAAGAAGGGUGACUGGAAUAAACAACCAUUCAAAUA